CUCCCUCCAUCUUGCCGCAGCUAGCUUGACGCAGCGGAGCGCCAAACUGAGGCAGAGCGGAUCAAUUUGGAGCGUCGGCGGGCUGAUCGGGAGUAUGCGGGGCCUCUGAUCACUGCAUCGACUGAACGCAUCGUUCCUUCAUCGAGUCCGGCAGCUGUGACGUCGUUUCCAGGCGUUAUUCUGUACCCAGCCUGAAUGCAGCCUCUCCAGGGUCAAGCCUAAUUCCUGGUGCUCCUUCACUCCCACCUCCUCCUCCCUCCUCUCCCCACCCUUCCCACCUUCCUGUCCCCUUCCUUUCCUAAACCCUCAGCCUCCGCCCUCCACGGCAGCCUCAGCUCCACACAGACUCCCAGCAUUUAGCCCAGAGCAGGUUGGCUGCUCCUCUACAGGUGGAUGAAUGAAGACCCCCUUCAAGAGCCCAGCGGCGCCUCGACCCCGCGCGGACGGAGGACAUUCGGGCGUCUCCACAAACAUGAUGAAGAAGAAGAAUCCGCAUAAGAAGCAAAGAACCAGCGUCGGUCCCAGUAAGACGCUCGCUCAGCCCAGGAGGAACAUCGUGGGCUGCAGGAUCCAGCACAUCUGGAAGGAGGGCAGUAAGUCGUCCCAGUGGAAGGGGACAGUCCUGGACCAGGUGCCCGUUAACCCCUCCCUCUACCUGAUCAAAUACGACGGCUUCGAUUGCAUCUAUGGCCUAGAGCUGUACACGGACGAGCGGGUGGUGGGGCUGGAGGUGCUGCCCGACAGAGUGGCUCCGGCCCGCGUGACCGACUCGCUGCUGGCAGACACAAUGAUCGGUAAGGCGGUGGAGCACAUGUUUGAGACGGAAGACGGGCCAAAGGAGGAGUGGAGAGGGAUGGUGCUGGCCCGAGCUCCCAUCAUGACAUCCUGGUUCUACAUCACCUACGAGAAGGACCCAGUGCUCUACAUGUACCAGCUGCUGGACGACUACAAGGAGGGUGACCUGCGCAUCAUGCCCGACUCCAACGACAGUGUGACAGCGGAGCGAGAGCCCGGUGAGGUGGUCGAUAGUCUGGUGGGCAAACAGGUCGAGUAUGCCAAAGAGGACGGCGGGAAGAGGUCGGGAAUGGUGAUCCACCAAGUGGAGGCCAAACCCUCCGUCUACUUCAUCAAAUUCGAUGACGACUUCCACAUCUACGUCUACGACCUGGUGAAGACCUCCUAAGAGCAGAAACUCCCUUAAAAAAGACUUACUGAGAACCAACAAACCCCACAGAAAUCCGCUGCCCAGCGAAGACCAGUGCAGACCAAUCAACUUUUUCUUUGGUGAAACGCCUUAAAAACAGGAAAAAAUCCAGACAGCACCCUUCAGACCAGCUCCAGUCAUCCAUUGCUCAUCAUUUUGAUUUCAUUUUAUUUAGAUACUUUUUCCCGAAAUCAGAACACUCAAAAUUGGUUCCCAAAUUAUUAAUAAAUCUGACUCCUCAACCAGAGGAGUGGAGAGGACUCCAACCUGAAACUCCCGCAGAGAGAACACAAGGUUUUCUGAACAAAUAUUCCCUUACCUGAAACCCUGUUAGACCCUCUGAGAUCUCCGUUACCCGAGGGGGGUGAGCAGCUCUGCAAGGGUUAAUGAAGGGAGGGACUUGAGGAGCCACCAUCUCGACAGUCUCCAUCUGCACCCGUAGAUUUGGGUUUUUCUGGGAUUGGUGGUCAGCAGCUGGUGAACAAAGACACUGUGGGAUGCGGUGGAAAAACUGACUUUUUCCUUUCUGGUUUCAUCAUUUGUCUUUUUCUUGUUGUUGAAUGAGUCCCACAAUCGCUUUAUUUUUCACAUCAAACAUCAUCAGUUUGUUCUCCCUGAAAUGUCCCACAUGUAUCACCUAAUGAUGCUAAUCAUCCACGUGUUGGUCUUUGGCAUCCAUGGCAUUUCUGGUCCAGAUUUCAGCAUCCAGGUUGGAAUGAUGUCGGUUUCUUUGAAGGUUUUUAAACCUUCAUUCAGCACAUCUGCACCAAAAAUAUUUCUGAAAAAGUAGUGAGGUUAAAAUCGCAACAAUUAGCAAACUUUAUUUGGCAUUUAUGAGCAGUAUGGAAACAUUUAAAUGUGAAUGAAGACUAUAAUCUGGUUGUCUAAGGAUAUUUUACAUCAUUCCAGCUGUGAUUUGCUAUAUUUUCAACCUCCACUUGCUCCUUACAUCUGCAUAGAACUCCAGUGUUCAUAUACUGCUUAUGAAAGUUUAAAAAAAAAAAAGUUUUUGGGUUCAUCUUAGAACAAACAUUUCUCCUCUGUCACAAAAGGGAUUUUCCAAGAUUUCUCUAAAGUUGAUGCUAGAUCUUAAACACAUUAUCCAGAUCUGUUGAGUUUUUGUUUUGUUUUUUUUUUAAGAUUUGCCCCUCUUUUCUUCUGCUGCUGUAGACGUUACUGUGCCAGUGUCAUAUUUUUUCUCUGUAUAGUCACAUUUAUAUCUGUUUAUACCAGAUCGCUUUUUUUGUAUAUUACCUGUUCUUCUGUUUUGUGUAUACUGUUUAUUACCAGUUAGCUGCAGGACGUUCGCAGCUGGUUGCAGGUAGCAGCUGACUUCGCAGGUGUGUAGGAUAAUGUUUCUAUAACUAACAAAUCUCACCUUGUCCACUGACUCUGGAUUUGGGCACUCAUCCCUGGCAAUCAGUUCACAGCUCGUUGUAAAACAGCCCAGAGCUGCUAUCGUUAUUUCCACAGCCUAGAAACGCCGAGCUGAUGUAGCGCCAUCUUUUUUUUCUUUUUUUUUUUUUUUUUCUGUCACCAAACAACCGAAGCAUAAACAGCCAUGUUGCCUGAACCACAUCUCAUGUGCCUGAAAGGACUAGAAGAUCUCAAACUAAAUGUUUUAAAAAACACAGCAGGGCAUUUUCAUUCUGGAUCCAACUGAUUUCAGUCUAGAACUUUUCAGUGUAGAUUCCAUGUUCAGGGUGAAAGGACAUCUAGGUAUAUAGCUGUCUUCUACGUCUUUCUAGUGUGGGGAAGUGUCAUAAGAACAUCAGUUCUCAUAGUGGAAUCUGAAUUUUCUAGCUCUAGAACAAAUCUUUGUUGGGAUUUAUGUGCUCUAGAACUAGAAUUCCAGAAUUUAACAUCUUAUCACAUUCCUUUUGGUGUUUAGGUUUAGGAUUUUAUUUGAUUUCCCACAAUAGUGAAGGCAGUGAAGGCAAAUAUUGUAGAAGAUCUUGAAACUCAAGAUCCUUGGAUUCUGGGCCAAAUCUGGAUUGGAAUUAUAAAUACUCUGUCAGAUGUGGAACUUAACCUGCUCUUCUAGAAACUGUUCAGUGUCAUUUUCCCUUCAAAAUAUAUGACAAAGACCCUUCUAUUGUCCCAUAAUUUGUCACAAUUUUGGACUCUUGAAUUUAUAACACCUUCAUUUUGUUACCAUUCAAGAAUCUGUUUGAUGACCCUCCUUUCAGCUGUAGAACCAACAAUCAACUAAACUACCCAGCUAUAUAUUUCUAGAACAUGAAGGUUAAAAUAUUCUAGAAGAUCCCAAAACCCAAAUGCUCAGUCCAGAUUGUUUUUGUGGGGUUUUCUUUGGGUCUUUGGGAGUGGGAAUCUAAACUAGAAUCUGUUCUUCAGUAUUGUUUCCCAUUAAAAUGUGCGUUGCAUUCUGAUUCCACACGUGACAUUUUGUUUAAUUUUGUAAAGCUAACUCAUGACUGACACAUGAUCUAGAUCAUUUGUUCCUGUUGUAGAAUCUAGAAUUGAUGGUGCUUUCAUCUCACAGUUCAAAAAUCGGUUGUUUAACAACAUGUCCCAUCAACAUAUGAGCUGCAUGCUUCUUCCAAAGUCCUUUAGGUAAAGAGCAGUGGAUCCAGAAUUUAUUUCACCACCUUUUGGUUGGAGAACGAGUUUUCAGGAUUUGAUUUUAAAACAUACGCACAGCUGCACAUUCUAGAACGUGAAGGCUGGAACGAUCAGGGAAAUCUUGGAACCUGAGAUUCUUUGAUUCAAGAGUAAAUCUGGUUUAGAAAUAUGAAUUCCAGAUUAAAACAUUUUUUUUAACUGUUCUGCUGCUGUUCUAGGCUCUGUUUUACAUCAAAGUAUGUGCUGCUUAUUAAACACUGCACCUAUUGAGUCUAGAUGCUUCUGAUUUUAGAGCAUGUUUGGACAGGAUUUCUCAAGGUUUUUUUUCUAGUGUUGAAAACUCACUGUAUCUGUUCUGGAACUUGUUGAGGCGCUAUCGAACGUUUUUUGUUUUUGUUUUUUUUUUCUGUUUCAAAUUCUCAGUUUCAGCGGGAGCUUCACAAUCUAGAAUAUGGAGAUUCUUGUUUACAUAGCAUGCAGUCUCAUCAAAGAACUCACAUGUUCUGCUUGUAGAACAAAUCUGAUUUAGACAUAAUGGAUUUACUGUUUGUAUUUGUGUCGCCCCCGGAACUUCAGACUCUAGAAUCUGUUGUUUGAUAUGUGGAACAUUUUCAGGUUUGAUCUCAAAUUCUCAGACCACAGCUCUGGAAUAUUCUAUCAAGUGUUUAACAAAUCUGGAACCCUGGAAUUUGUGUUUCUGGAAUCUAUUCCCAGAAUUGUCGCAAAAAAAUAGACAGCGAAUGAUUGUAGGAUGUGUAUUUUAAGCUGCAAGUUGUGAUUCUAAUGAAAACAAAAUUGGCUUUGAUUUUCUCUUUCAAGUUCCCAUUUAAGCAAAUCAGAUGUUUCAGAUUCUAGAGUCUUUGGUUUGAUUUUGUGGAAUCAGUACUGCAAAAACGUGCUGAAUGAUGCUUUCCUUAAGAUUCUGGAAUACUCCAGCACAUGUCACACAUGUUCAGAUUCAAGAGCUUGUCCUCAUCCUCGUACAACUUGUACAGUGAUUCUGAUUUAGAUUUUUGUCAAGAGUUGAGAUCCCAGAUGUUCAUUCUGGAAUCAGCUUUCAGAAUUGCCUUACUAAUCCUAGAACAAAUGGGUGUAACAUAGAACCUGCUCGUUUUAAACACUUUUGUCUAAAUUCUCGAAUCUUUGGUUUGAUGCUGCCAAUAACGUGCUACAUCUGAGGAAAACAUUAUUUACAUUUUGCGGUCGUUUUGUUUUCAGAUUCUAGAACAUUUGAUGUAGAUUGAAGCCACUUGAUCUCAUUCUAGAACUGUUCUGAUUUACGUGUUUGUUCUAAGUCAAGAGUUGGGGUUGCAGAAGUUCUCAUUCUGCUUUCUCAAAUGUUUUUCUAAAAAUUAAAAGCAAAAAAUGUUUUUAAUUUCACACAAAUCCAAACUGACAUUUUCAGUCCAGAUUCUAUUGGACUGCUUCUAGAAUCUGUACUUUAAUGUGUGUUGCACAUGACGGAAAUGCCAUUGAAGGAUUUUGUUCUUGUUCGCAGUCUAGAAGCUGCACACACGUUACAAUAUUCUUUUAAUGUGUGUGUCCUCGUUCUAGAAGGUUUGACUGAUUUAAAUCAUCUGUUGAAUCUGCUCAGAUUAGAUUUCCUCAGAUAUUACCACAGGGAGAAAUAUGGCUGAAGGAUGCACAGAACCCGCCUGGAGCCUGUUUUUGGAACAUGCGCACGAACCUGAACAUGUUUCAGAUGGUAGCUUCUAGAACGCCUUUUUGCAUACAUGUGUUUCCUCACUGUGGUACGAGCUACUGCACAUUCCAUGCAGACUUCACUUGUUUUAAGUCCAGAGUCUGUUAAUACCAUCCACGGCUGCUCUAGAGUCACUUUGAUGUUUAGGCGUGUUACCCACAAUGCACCUGGCUUCACUACAGUUAUGAACCGUGGGAUGUGCAGACCGUGGUGAGACUCCUGAGUGGGGGGAUGAAGCGAGUGUCCGGGUGGAUGCUGAUCCUCCCUGAUAUGGAGUGAUGCGUUCAGGAAACGUUUGUACUUUCCAGGAAACUGUUUAUCUGUAGUGUGUGUGUGUGUGUGUGUGUGUGUGCGCGCGUGUGAGUGUGUGUGUGUGUGUGUGUUCAGAGCAGUGUUGUUUUUGCAUGCAUAUAUUAGCUCUGUGUAAAUUGAUGUGAGUUGCAUGUCCGUGUAGUUUUCAGUUGUCCGGCUGACUUCUGUUGUGGCUUUCAGUGCCUUUUUUGUUUAAUUCUUUUUUCCUCUUUUUUUUUUUUAUUUUAAUUUGCCACGCGUGUUCCUAAUGAUGUGGGGUUUUUUUGGGGGGGUGGGGGUGGCAUUAAAGACAAUGACACAGGAUUCCCGGACAAACGGGACGCGCAGCAGUUACGAGUCCAGCAGCUGACCUUGUACAGAAGUCGCAGCGGUGAUGAUGUGUGUGAACUCUGUUUUUGUUUCAUUUGUUUUUUGGGUGGAUCGUCCCUUUAAAGUGUGCCAACUUACAGAUGCCAGUGUUGUACAGCAGUAAAAAGCUCACACUAUUUACUAAAAUAAACUGUUUCUCUGUUUUUUCA